AUGGUGACCCAGGUGCUGACCGUGCUGAUGCGGGAGGCGCUGCCUAGCGCUGGCGCCUGCGGGGCUGAGGGCUGCGGCAGCGGUGGCGCUGUAUGCAGCCGAAACAAAGAGAUGAUGAUGAUGAUGAUCCGCGUGAUCUCGGCUGUUUUCCUCAAAGACACCAUAGACGCGGCCAACAACGACGCAGAGCACCUCGUGGCGGAGCGCCUGAGGAAGAAGACGAAACAGUAUGUGAAGAAGCUGGAGGCGGUGUUCCGGGCCAUUGAUGCCACAGGGGACGGCAUGAUCACUGAGGAUCGGCUGACAGACAUGCUGUCCAACCCCCUAGUCUCAACCUACUUCCAGACAUUGGAUGUGGAUGUGCAUGAAAGCGGGGCCUUGUUCCACAUGCUUGAUAACGGCGAUGGCGAGGUGACUCUUGACGAGUUCAUCGAUGGCAUCAUGCGCUGCAAGGGGCCUGCCAGGGCCAUUGAGCAGGUGGCGAUGCGAGCUGACCUCAAGGCCUUGGACACCAAGCUGUCGAAAGUGAUCAAGUCGCUCAGGGCCGCGGACAUCAUCAAGACCAAAACGCCAAAGUUCGCGCAGAAGAAGGGGCUAACUCUGAUGCUUUCUGAGCGCUCCCAAACUUAG